AUGGCUACUGACACACCGUCCGAUAAGCCUGAGGAAAUGCUCACUUUUAGUCUACUAACACACCCGCCAACUCAGCUUGCUCCGCGGCUUGGGAGGUUAUGCCGGGUCGGGCGCAAAACGAUACUAACGCCAGGAUAUGUGCCCAUCACGUCGAGAGGGGUGCUACCUCAUGUUACCCAUGAUAAUAUAAAGGAACAUAUGUCUAUAGGCAGCCUAUACGUUGCACUUGAAGAUUUCAUAGAACGAACCGCCCUGAAAGAAGUACCACCAAUAUACAACGUCCCAACGGAGAAAUCAGAAUCUUCUCUCCGGAAAUUCCUCUCGUUCGAUGAUGAUUAUUUACUAUUCCUUGGGCCUAGGAGGAUCCCUCCCGUCGCCACCGCCAGCUCGAAUUCUUCGGACUCGGUAACGAUCUUGACAUCAGUCGGGUACCAGCAACUGCAGGUAGAAAAAUAUCAGGAGGCGAUUAAAAGUUUACAACCAGAUGUUGCGAUUGGCUUGGCUGAUGUUCUAGAUAGACGGCCUGGUGUAAAGAGACGAGAAAAGAUGGUUGACCGGACGCAUGCUUGGACACAGUCGGCAAUAGACGUACUCUAUAAAAAUGCAGACACUGCCAACCCGCUCUCUGGGACGUCAUUCUUUGCACCAAUUCUUCCGCUCGAAAGGGAACGGCAAACUGUAUAUUUGCGAGAACUGGCAGAAGAAAUGAAUGAAAAUGUGGCUGGAUUUGCAAUAUGGGAUCCGUCGACGAUUGAGAUCAUUCCCCAGUCGCUGUGGAAUCUCCCACGUUUGUCCCUUGGUGAACCAAACACUCCACAGGAUGUGCUCAAGGGCGUCUCCCUCGGACUUGACCUUUCGGCCAUAUCAUUUAUUGGAGCAGCAUCUGAUGCAGGAUUGGCUUUCAGUUUUGUCUUCCCACAAGGAACCUCCCAGGGUGAUAAUAAUAACUCAACGCCCUUACCUCUGGCUGUUGAUAUGCUGCUACCUGAACAUUCAGCCGAUAUUUCACCACUUGUCUCAGAUUGUCAAUGCUACACAUGUAAGACGUACCAUCGAGCAUACCUCCGCCACUUGCUCAAUGCAAAAGAAAUGCUUGCGUGGACACUGCUGCAGAUUCACAAUUACUCCACCAUGGAUAGGUUCUUUGCCGCUAUUAGAACGAGCAUCGAGAACGGGACGUUUGAAGAGGAUGUCAACACCUUUGAACGAACUUAUGAGACUGAAUUCCCCGAGCCGAGCGGACAGGGUCCUCGGAUGCGAGGAUACCAGUUUAAAACAGGACCGGGUGAAAAACGUAACCCGAAGGUUUUCGGGCGGCUAGAUGCUGUUGCAGAGAAACUUCUGGAGUCGCAGUCGUCUGUAGUUACUCCCGAUGCCGGGGCUGAGGAACUCGAAGCACGAGGCUUUGCUGAAAAAACGCAGUGA